AUGGGGCUUUUCAACGACAUUGACAUUGAGCGAGAUUUUCCGGACCAUAAGGUCAAGUCUAUGGUGACGAGUUCUGAGUGGGCAGUUCAACAGCAUCAGGACAACUUUCCUGGCAAUUCUGCUCAGAACUAUCACCAGUACCCAACCCAAGAUGUCAAUACUUUUGACUCUUACAACUCAACCUACUAUGGCAAUAAUGAGCAAACGUCAGCCAACACUUCCUACAGCACUCCCAGGCCUCAGAUUGGACUGGCCGGUCUACAAGCGGGAUUGUCGUUGGAUAGUAGUGGUUCCGAGGAUGAUAGAUCUGAGAGUCGGAGUGAAGACGAGUAUGGGACGGGCAAGUUGAAUCUCUUCCAUCGUCAUCUCAGCAAAGACUAA